CUCCCCCCUUCCUCUUCCGCUUCAGCUUCCGCUUCCUCUUGGGUCUCCACAUCCGAUCCCGAAAUGAGCGUGCGAGAGAUCCUAGGCGGCUCCGAUCUCUCGAGGUGCUGCUCGAAUUCGUUUCCGCCUCUCGGAACGGAGCUUCGGAUCGAGCUUGUCUCGCCAGAUCCGUGAGCUUCGACCUGGGAAAUCUGAACGCGGUCUUACUCCGGCGGCCUCAAGGACUUUGUGCUCGGACUCCUUCCCCUGAUUGCUUUCUUCGCCGAAGAUCUCGAUUCCCGCUUUCACGGCAGGAACUGGUUAUUAGGAUGUCUCUGGUUCAUUAAAGUUGCCGUGAUCUUUACGCUUGGAUUCGUAUCUGAAAUUGGAGCUGGAUUGGGUUUAGGUUCGGCACAUGCAGUUUUUGUCGCCUGUCUCUGGCAGCAUGAGCUUGAUCUGAGAGUUCCUAAAUUUGGCACCAUGUGGAAGCAAUUCCUCAGUAAAUUACCCCGCAAGUCUUCCAAAUCUGAUGCUUCCUCGGGUACGACCCGCAGCCAUCCCAUCAACAAUGGCACGACUUCCAUGAACGGGAAUCCAAUCCAGCGAACUAGCAGCGGCAAUGUAGUCCCCUCCCGUUCAACCGCCGUGAAGCGGACUGCUUCUGCUAUCUUCCCGUCGAGUGUUGUCACCAGCAUUGAGCCUCUCCUCUUAUUCAAAGAUGUCCCCAACACGGAAAAGCAGAACCUUUUCAUCAGUAAGUUGAACCUCUGCUGCGUUGUCUUCGAUUUCUCCGAUCCAAACAAGAACUCCACCGAGAAGGAUAUGAAACGGCAGGCACUACUAGAUCUCAUUGAUUAUGUUGAUGCUGGGAGUUCUCGGUUCACUGAGCCCAUGAUUUCUGCUAGCUGUAAGAUGUUUGCUAUGAACUUGUUCAGGGCCUUUCCACCAAACAAUCGAUCAAGCGCUGGUGGUGGGGAGACUGAAGAGGAAGAGCCGAUGUUCGAACCAGCUUGGUCUCAUCUGCAACUUGUCUAUGAUUUAUUUCUUAAGUUCAUCGAAUCCUCCUCGCUUGAUGCUAAGAUUGGGAAGAAGUACGUAGAUCAUUCCUUCAUCGUGAGACUGCUUCACCUCUUUGAUUCUGAGGAUCCCAGAGAAAGGGAUUGCUUGAAGACAAUCUUGCAUAGGAUCUACGGAAAAUUCAUGGUGCAUCGUCCUUUCAUCCGGAAAGCAGUGAGCAAUAUAUUUUAUCAGUUCGUGUUUGAGACAGACCGGCACAAUGGGAUUGCUGAGUUGUUAGAAGUUUUUGGCAGUGUGAUCAGUGGUUUUGCCCUGCCUUUGAAGGAGGAGCACAAAAUAUUUUUGUGGAAGGCACUAAUACCUCUGCACAAACCAAAGACAUUAGGCGUUUAUCUCCAACAGCUGACUUACUGUGUGACACAGUUCAUAGAAAAAGAGCCCAAGCUGGCGAGUUCAGUGAUAAAAGGGUUGCUGAGAUAUUGGCCAGUAACAAGUAGCCAGAAGGAAGUAAUGUUUUUGAGCGAGUUAGAGGAGGUCAUGGAGGCUACUAACAUGGUGGAGCUCCAGAAGUGUAUGAUUCCAUUGUUCCGGAGGAUUAGUUUCUGCAUCAACAGCUCCCACUUCCAGGUGGCGGAGCGGGCCCUCUUCUUGUGGAACAAUGAUCAUGUGCUUAGCCUGGUGUCCCAACACCGGCAAGCAAUCAUGCCCGUGGUUUUGCCAGCUCUAGAGAGGAACACCCGGAGUCACUGGAAUCAAGCUGUUCUGAAUCUAACACAGAAUGUGAAAAAGAUGCUCUCUGAGAUGGAUGAGGAGCUGUUCUUGGCCUGCAAAACGAAGUUUGAAGAGGAGAAAACGAGGCAAACAAUAAUGGAGGAGAAGCGAAGGAUGACCUGGGAGCGGCUGGAGUCCAUCGCGGCCUUCCGGCCAGUAACUGGGAACACAUCUGUCCUGGUAAGACCGGCAAUCGCUCCACCAGUUGUCGCUGCUCUUAGUUGAAGUAUUCAAGAUGGUUGAUAGAAGAAGAAGAAUAGCAGCUUGAAGUGUAUUCAGACUGCUCAAGUUCUGUUGCUAUAUCUUCUUCUUUUUCCCUUUUUAUAUUAUUGUGUCCUCUAGUAACUAUGUUAGAAGAUUGUUGGUGUAUUGAAGGCAAUGCUUGUGGGUGUAAUGACAACCAUUUUAUGUACUUAUGCUAUCAAUUAUGAGCAUAAGCCGAUUCCCUUA